AUAAUUAAAGAACAGAGUUCUGAAUCCUUUAUUAAAAUAGCUUCUACAAAUACUUGACUAGCCCACCGUACUCACCCUCUACACCUAGCCUGAGCAACCCGCGGUCCCAAACUCAAACCUGAUUACAGUCACUUCCGCCUAGGCUCCCUAGCUCCGCCCAUAUGAGCGGAAGUAUUUUCCUUUCGGGUCCUCCCGCCUGUAGGGGGCUCUCUGAGGCUUCCAGUGCCACGAAGGCCUCCAGCCUGGGCUGACCCUGCGGCGCCUGUUACUUUAGCUCCAAAGAAUACAUUUGCACCAUAACUCUCUCGGCCAGGAAACAAUCGCACAGGCAUCUUACUCUGGACUACAACGUUCACACUCAGUCUCGGCCGAGCGUCCUCAUUAUCAAGCCCUGGUGCAGUGGUGCGUCGGAGUCAGGCGUCAUGGGGACAGCCCCAGAGUGCCGAAAGUCCCCAGCCCGCUUCCUCCUGCGAAGACGUAGCUGCGGGUGGUUGUGGUGGCGGCGUCCAAGAUGUCGACGAAGAAUUUCCGAGUCAGUGACGGUGACUGGAUUUGCCCUGACAAAAAAUGUGGAAAUGUAAACUUUGCCAGAAGAACCAGCUGUAAUAGAUGUGGUCGGGAGAAAACAACUGAGGCUAAGAUGAUGAAAGCUGGGGGUACUGAAAUAGGGAAGACACUUGCAGAAAAGAGCCGAGGCCUUUUUAGUGCUAAUGACUGGCAGUGCAAAACAUGCAGUAAUGUGAAUUGGGCCAGAAGAUCAGAGUGUAACAUGUGUAAUACUCCAAAGUAUGCUAAGUUAGAAGAAAGAACAGGCUAUGGUGGUGGUUUUAAUGAAAGAGAAAAUGUUGAAUAUAUAGAAAGAGAAGAAUCUGAUGGUGAAUAUGAUGAGUUUGGACGUAAAAAGAAAAAAUACAGAGGGAAGGCAGUUGGUCCUGCAUCUAUUUUAAAGGAAGUUGAAGAUAAAGAAUCUGAGGGAGAAGAAGAGGAUGAGGAUGAAGAUCUUUCUAAAUAUAAAUUAGAUGAGGAUGAGGAUGAAGAUGAUGCUGAUCUCUCAAAAUAUAAUCUUGAUGCCAGUGAAGAAGAAGAUAGUAAUAAAAAGAAAUCUAAUAGACGAAGUCGCUCAAAGUCUCGAUCUUCACAUUCACGAUCUUCAUCACGCUCAUCCUCCCCCUCAAGUUCAAGGUCUAGGUCCAGGUCCCGUUCAAGAAGUUCUUCCAGUUCGCAGUCAAGAUCUCGUUCCAGUUCCAGAGAACGUUCGAGAUCUCGUGGGUCGAAAUCAAGAUCCAGCUCCAGGUCCCACAGGGGCUCUUCUUCCCCACGAAAAAGAUCUUAUUCAAGUUCAUCAUCAUCUCCUGAGAGGAACAGAAAGAGAAGUCGUUCUAGAUCUUCUUCAUCUGGUGAUCGCAAAAAAAGACGAACAAGAUCACGGUCACCCGAAAGCCAGGUGAUUGGUGAAAACACUAAACAACCCUGAGCCCAGGGCCAACCCCUCGGAACACCACUACUUUACCCAGGCACCACAGGUCAUCUUCUGGAUCAUCCCAUUCUGGUUCCCGUUCAAGUUCAAAAAAGAAAUAAUGUAUUAAAAUUUACAUCUUAAAAAAAAAUCAGUACAGUGCAUGAAGCAUAUUUUUUAAGAAGUUGGUGUCUUACUUGGUCAGAAGUGCUAAAUCUGCUAGUAGAGGUGCAUGCCUUUCAUUGCUUUUCAGAACAAUACAGCUGUGUUUAUUUGUGAAAUUAGAAGUAAAUAGUAUUUUAAGCCAUAAUGUCCCAAAAUAUAUGCUCUAUCAUUCAUUAUUUACAACCAUUUGCUUCACUUAAAACCAUUUCAGCUAUGACAAAGUACUUUGUUUCCUAAUUUGAACUCUUGUUUUUUUUUCAUUUCCGAAUAUGAACUGUCUAUUGACUGAAGACAGGAUAACCUAGGCUUGCCUGAACUUUGGGCAUGGAGGCAAGACUGUGGUAAAGUAGUCGGAAACAAUCUGUUUAUGUUAUUCUGGGAAAAGGAGUCCACCUGUUUAUGUUAAUCUGUGUCAAAGUGAUUCUUAAUCAGAAAAGGUAAAACUAGUUGAAAAAGCCAACUGGAAACUUUUAUUUUGAAAUUCCCUAUGCUGAGGGUGCCUUAGAAUCUUUGUCUCUCUCUCUUACUCAGUUUUGCUUUCUGUACCACCACGUUUAAUGAAGAAAAAUCUUGUGAAUUGCAGAAGGAAAGAGGUGUUACUCAUUUCUCCUUGCCUGACACAUGAUUUUGAGCAAAAAUGUAAAACCAGUUCCUUUACUGGUAUUACUGAUGAGAAAAACAUCUAUUUCGAGAUGUUUAUCUUAAUAUUUUUAAGAAGCUUUAUGUGAUAUGCUUUAAAAACCCAGUUAUCACAUAUGGUAGUGCAGACAAAGUUAAAUCAUAGUUAAUGAGGAACAAAGAAAGCUUCAGAAGUAUAUUUCUCUGGUUGAAAGACCAACAGAGAUGUGAAUUUAAGUGAACAUUUAUUUGCCUUGAGAUGUUCAAACACUGCAUAAAAUUUGAGUAACAAAUGAAUGCUUAUUUCUGCAUGACACGCAGAAAAUACUUAUUGUUCCUAUUCACUUGAAAUUACUUAUGGCUUAAAAUACUUUCAGAGUUUGUUUUAUUUCUCAAAAUUAAAAUCUGGUCACCUGAGCUCCAUUAUGUCCUCUGGCUUAAAAACAGAAAGGUUUCUCUUAGCAGUAUCUUCAGUGACAAUGCAAGGUAAGUAUAUUAAGGGAAAUCGACAGUGUGCUGGGGACUUUUUGUCAUGGGGGUCAGUACCCACUUCUUGGGUUUUUUUUCCUUAAUUUUAAGUUAUUGUCUACUGCAAUUAAAAAUUUAAAAGUUUUAAGGUGUUCAGUAGACCAAACAAAAUUAUUUGUUUAUUUUUAAAUGAGUGAUUUUUCUCUUCAACUUAACCUAAAGAUGAAAGCAAAAUACCUUAUGUAGAAGUAUUUUGAUAAUAUUUUUACAAAGAACUUCCCCUUGUUUUUUUAUGUCUUAAUUUUCUUUGCUACGUUUACUGUAGGUUGCACAAGAACCUUUACUCUCUUGUAAUUGUGCCUCAGACUUCUUGAAAGUCCACCUUCUAAAUUGCCCAGAUGGUCUUCUAGAGUCUACAUGUUACCAUUGGUUUAUUCUUGUGCUUUCUGUAUUUGAAACUUUGGCUGUACUAAGCAAAUGCAAGGUUAUAAAUUUAGCUAAUAGUUUACAGACAAUUCAGAUGAUUAUGAUUUCAUUUGGUUUAAGCUGUACUAGUUCAUUUCAUGAGGAAAUGAUGCUGUAGACAAAUGUAAAUAAAGCUGUGAGUCAA